AUGAACGGCAAGCUUUUGCCGUCUACCAGUAAUCUAAAUCAGUCAAAGGGGUCCUAUACCACCGCAACGGUCGAGUGUCGACAGUCUCUGCGAUCGAUACAAAGUGACUACGCGCGAUUCAAACAGAAAACGCCAGUGAAGCGGGUGUUUGAUCCAAUUAGUGAACUUUAUUGGACGUACUAUGAAUGUGCGAAAACAAGGAAGACCAGGGAUUCUGACAGGGGUACUGCGGAACUACCAACCGUAGUACUCCUUCACGGCAUCUGUGGUACUGCUGGAUGUUAUUUCUAUGUGAUGAACAAGCUCUCUGAGGCAGGAGUAAGAUGCAUAUCCGCCCAGUAUCCGGAGUACUACUCCGUAGAGGAGUGGAUCUCAGGACUGUUGCACUUUCUCGAGUACCUUAAAUUAUCGAAGCCAACGGUCUUUGGAAGUGAUUUGGGUGGCUAUUUGUUACAACUUUUCGUUGAAAAGUAUCCAGAGAGCGUUUAUUCGAUGAUACUAUGCAAUUCAUAUCGCAGAACUGAUUGUUUCAGUAGCUCUCCAGAUUUGAGAGGCUUAUAUGGACGGUGGUACUCCGUGUUGCCGCACAUGAUAUUGCGCAACAUAUUCGUCGAAUCAUAUAUAUGUCCGAAAAACUAUCAUGGUAUCCCAAGAGUUUCCGUCAUGGAACAGCUGGCACGUGAGUUCAUGGCCAGCGAACUCGACCAACUAACUGCAAGUGAUCUAGGCAGCAGGAUAUCGUUGCAAAUGUCUACGGAAUAUGUCGGUGAUUUUGGCUUGCAAAGAAUGCCGCACAGUAAAAUACUCAUUAUCGAGACAAAUAAUAACAACACACCCGAAGAACUAAAUGAAGAAAUGCGAACAGCAUAUGCGGACGCGAAGAUAGCAACCAUGAAAAAUGGUGGCGACUUUCCAUACCUAACUAAGCCCGAGGAGAUUGUGACUUUUGUGAUGGUACAUCUUACAAAUGUGAGAAUUGUAAAAGUCACAGAUGGUGAAAGUGAAUCUGUAGAGAGAACAGUUUCUUGUAAGGAAUCUCAGAAUUCCCAUGAAUGCAGGGUCUCACGAAUGGCGUCGGAUUCGUCUUAUAGCUCAGUCAUUCCGGCCCAGUAUUCAUGGGACAUGAACGAACCCCUGUCACCAACACUUUCUGAUGGUUGA